AUGUCACAGGAAUUCUUCCCCGGUGGGAGAUCAUCCCCCGCAAAACUACCGCCUCAGGACUUUAGACAGGAUAAGAUUCCUACACAGCUUCAGGAUGACGCUCUCGUGAAGUUUUUCAGAUAUCGAUACAGUGAACGAGACGAUCUACGUAAGAGCAUGAAACGCAAAGAUUACGAGAGGUUGACUCGCGAAGAGAAGAGGAUCGAAGAUUUGAGGGACGUAUUCUUCGAGACUCAUGAGAAUUUUGACUUGGUAAAUGAGUACGAGCGCUUAAGGGUCGCUUGGAAGAACGACGCUAUUAGUAAGAGUCAAACAGAAGACUAUAAUACAAUUCAUAAGAAGGUAGCCAGCAUGAAAAAGAUCGCGGCAGCACGUCGACCCGAUCGCAUUCAGCUCGAGCUCAAUAUACUGGACAAAGUAAAGAAGUGGGAAAAGAUGCCUCCCGCUCGCGUUAGGAAAGUUCCUCCAACGGAAGAACCGAAGGUAGACGAGCCGGUAGCACAAGAAACUAAGCGCAGAUUCCAUCUGAAAUUUGGGCACAAGAAGUCCUCAAUUUCUGUGGCGCAUCCCGCAAAAGCCAAUUCAAUAAAGUCUGAAUACGUUGAAUCCGACAACGACGACGAAAAGAAUUCGGCCCGAGGUCGCUCGUCUGAUUCAUAUGGAAUAAGUGUUAGCAGAAUUACUCUGGAGAAGAAAACAGAAAACUCAUCGUCAUACACCGGCUACAAGAUUGACCGGUUUCCUUUAAAUGAUGUCUUAUACGAAGACCCUGAUGAGAAAAAAGAGAUAAGGGACAGGAAUCCACUUCGAAGGCUAGAUCCAGCACUAAAUCCAGGAACGAUACGAUACUUUCAUUUCCCAUCGAACAAUAUGCAUUGGAUUGAGGAAGCUAUCGCUCGCUACUAUGGAGAGAAGUCCGGUGGGGAAUUCAAUUAUAGGAAACACCCAGAAUAUAGGGAGCAGUCUUCCGACAUACUAUGUAGAGAAUACUGGUCGUCUCUUCAGCACGGUGGAAAAUACGACCCAAUUCACGCUCGACAUAUGAGAGCACAAUGUUCUUUGAUAGUUCCACCUCCACGACUGGAUAGAGCAAGCUCAACUACUACACGGAGUUCGCAAAGCAACAAGAACUUUGUGUUGUUUAUGCCAUAUCUUCACUGGGAAACGCAUCAACGCAGAAAGAAGAUGGCCGAAGUCACAAGAGAGAUAAGUCUUAAGCAUGAAAAAAAGCAAGCUCAUAAAACCGAAAGCCGGACAGACGAAUUCAAGAGAUUUGUCGAAGAUCAGCUCAUGGUCGCUAGGCGGAUGACAGACUGUUUGCCUGAUAAAAUUACGCCGAGCAAAAAGAACGAACAACCAGUUCAAAAGCCGAAGCUCUUGGGUCAGUAUUUGAUGCAAAUCUCUAAAUUAUAUGAAGCCAUGGAUAUUGAGCCUGAUGUUCGUAUGCUGCGGGACCAUCUUCAUGAAAACCCUCCGCUCCACUCUAGACGUACUCUUGAUCAGUCCUAUUAUUGGAAACUCGCCAAUACCGACAAAAGGGACGAAGAUCAAGUGGUGUAUCGCGCAACAAAGCAAGGCAAGAAUAUAGCAAGGACAACUAGAGUAAUUAUGGUAGAUCAAUUGUGGCUUUACAUUCUUGACGAAAACACAAUUAUUUCUAGCUUUCCUCGGCGUUGGGGACGCAACAAGCCAGACUAUUCUGGGGUUCAUAAGGGUAUCCGAUCCAUUCUCGACCACCUUCGAGAAGGGCAGAUUCAAUCUGUCUACGAUCUAGGGCUCUUGAUAGUCAACCAGUGCUCAACGGUAUUUUUUGACAGGACAAAGCCGGUCGAUGAGCGGCCUGAGCUUCUUGAUAUAUUUUCAAAUGCUUUAAGUGAUAUUUCAGGCAUGAAAACGAUAGCUUUUGAGACAUUCUGGCGCCAUCUCGAUAAGUUAAGUGAAGCUGACAGAAAAUUUCAAAACCUGGAAGAUGUAGCACGGAAAUACCUGAACAUCAACCCCGAAGGAAAGUUACUAAAAGAAGUUCACGACAUCAUUGAAGAACUACGAAUGAUGAUGCGAAUAUACGCCCAGCAACAAACCGUUGUCCAAGAUUUCAAAGAGCAUCUCACCACCCUACAUGAGCAGGAGCGAAAGCGGUCUCUGAAAAUGCAAGCUGAUGAUACGCAACUUAACGUUUUAGUUGAGAUAAAGAAUCUACUGGGAAAUAAUUUCAAAGGGGCCGGAGACUUUUCUAGUCAUUCGAAAUCGUCAAGUGGUUCGAAAUCAUCUUUUUUUCCUGACGAUGAACCUCUAUUUUCACCUACCUAUAGGCCAAAUCCACCGGUUCAAUCUGCUAUAACAGAGAAUACAAUAUUACAUGCAAAGCGCGUUGCGGAUAACAUCGCGUUACGCAAGACUGAGUUACAAGAGCUGGAAGGAAGUACAGUGUCGAUAUAUGAGCAGCUCAAAGAUCUUCUAAGUCUAAAGCAGCAACAAGCUAGCAUAAUUGAAGCUAAGCAUGCCUUGAAGCGGGCCGACGAAAGUGUUGUCCAAGGCCGAUCUGUCAUGCUUUUUACGAUAGUGACAAUCAUUUUCCUUCCUCUUUCCUUCAUGUCUUCUGUAUUCGGCAUGAAUGCGAGCGACUUUGAUGCCGCAGAUGGCAACGGUAAUAAAAUGACGCUGCAACAUCAAUUCAAACUGCUCUUUCCAAUAUCAUUCGGCGUGAUCUUGUUCUCUGUCUUCUUCGCAUUCUCAGGUAGAGCUCGAAGCAUGAUUUACUUUGCAAUAUCAGUGACUUGGGCCGCAUUUAGCAAAUAUACACAUCUACGACCGCUCCUAGAAAAAAUACCCAAGUCAGAUGACGUCUGGGCCUUGCAGAAGUCGACAACUCAAAAGUUAUAUAAGCGGGGAGAUGGAAGAUCACAAGCUACUGAGAAGUUGGGUGGAGGUGUCACAUCUGGGGCGAAAACUUCAGCUGUGAGAUCUGGAAGUAGCAACUCUUCGAGUGAUGGUGAUUCUACGGGGUGUUUCGACGCUUUUAAGGGGUGGAAUGACAACAAAGUCUAG